CGAGGACCAUAAUUGGCGCCAGGUUGAGGAAUUUUGAAUGUCGGAAUCGAGCUCCAUAGGUCGACGUGGUGGACUUCCAAGUGCAGCAAGUCCGGAUCAUGAGGAGGCUGCAUUUGAGGAUGAGUCAGCUGCAAUUUUGGGCGACGAUAACCUUGAUGAAGAAGAGGAGUCCGGGGAAAAUUUGUUUGGUGAUGAUAUGGAACGAGAUUACCGACCUAUCCCAGAACUUGAUGUUUAUGAGGCGGAAGGUUUGGCAGAUCCUGAUGAGGAUUUCGAAGAACUCUCUCCUAAUGCUCGUGCCGAAGCUGAGCGUUUAAUGCGUCAGCGUGACCGUGAACGCCUUCUUGCAACUGGUGGCCUUAGGCGUGAUCUUAUAGCUGAUCUUUAUGGCGCUGAAGAUGACGAGGAAAUAAUCCCUGUCCGUCGAAGACGGCUUGCUGAAAGAGCUGCAGAGGGUGCUGAAGGUGAUAUGGAACCAGGUGUUUUAGAAAGCAUUGAAAAUUUGGAGGAUAUGAAGGGGAUGUCGGUAGUCGAGUGGGUCCAACAACCUGCUACUCGCCAGGAAAUCAAAAAUCGGUUUAAGGCAUUUCUCAGAACUUUCCUGGAUGAAAAUGAUCGCAACGUGUAUGCCGAGCGUAUUAUACAGAUGGCAAGAGAAAAUAAACAUAGUCUCCACAUUGACUACCAGCAUUUAGCAUCAGCAGAGCAAGUCUUGGCGUAUUUUUUGCCGGAAGCUCCUCAGAAUGUUUUGGAGAUUUUUGACGAGGCUGCCCGCGAAGUCACACUAACCAGAUUUCCUCGUUACGACCGGAUUACUAAUCGUGUCCACGUGAGGAUCAACGACCUACCUCUUAUUGAAGACCUUCGGUGUCUGCGGUAUUUUCAUCUUAACCAACUUAUCCGGACAUGUGGAGUGGUGACAAGCAGUUCUGGUGUUCUGCCUCAGUUGAGUGUCGUCCGCUACAAUUGCACAAAGUGCAGAUGCCUUUUGGGUCCUUUCGUCCAAAACCAAACUGGUUUUGAGGUCCGACCAACUACCUGCCCAGAUUGUCAGUCUGGUGGCCCAUUCGAACUAAAUAUGGAGCAGACAAUUUACAAGAAUUAUCAGCGUAUUACUCUUCAAGAAAGUCCUGGUAAAGUUCCAGCAGGUCGUCUUCCUAGGUCCAAAGACGCGAUUCUUCUUGAUGAUCUAGUGGAUAGCUGCAAACCGGGUGAUGAAAUUGAGUUAACAGGUAUAUAUACGCAUAGCUAUGAUGGAUCACUUAACACAAAGCAAGGUUUUCCAGUUUUCGCAACUGUCAUUUUAGCAAACAACGUUGUCCGGAAAGACGAUAAGGUUGCAGUUGGUACGUUAACUGAUGAGGAUACUAGGGCAAUUUUGAAACUUUCACGUGAUGAACGGAUUGCUGAUCGAAUUUUUGCUAGUAUAGCGCCAAGUGUAUAUGGUCAUGAGGAUAUUAAACGUGGAAUUGCGUUAGCACUCUUCGGAGGUGAACCGAAAAAUCCUGGUGGAAAGCAUAAAGUUAGAGGUGACAUCAAUAUGCUUCUCUGUGGAGAUCCAGGAACCGCCAAAUCUCAGUUCUUGAAGUGUGUUGAACAGCUAGCACCAAGAAGUGUUUUCACAACUGGUCAAGGUGCAAGUGCAGUGGGUUUGACAGCAUAUGUUACCCGCAGUCCAAUGAGUCGAGAGUGGACUUUAGAAGCUGGUGCUCUAGUACUUGCUGAUCGUGGCGUUUGUCUCAUUGAUGAGUUUGAUAAGAUGAAUGACCAAGACCGAACGUCUAUACAUGAAGCUAUGGAACAGCAGAGCAUCUCAAUAAGUAAAGCUGGUAUCGUGACAAGCCUCCAAGCAAGAUGUACCGUCAUUGCAGCUGCAAAUCCUAUCGGUGGUCGUUAUGACCCAAGCAUGACAUUUUCCGAUAAUGUCGAUUUGAGUGAACCUAUUUUGAGCCGUUUUGAUGUCCUCUGUGUAGUACGCGACGCUGUAGAUCCUAUUCAAGAUGAAAUGCUUGCACGUUUUGUUGUCGGAAGUCAUAUGCGUCAUCACCCUAACAUUACCCCAGAUGAGCGGGUUGCAUUAAAUGAUCAACUAACAGAACUUGGGGUCACUCGAACUGGUUCCUAUUCAGAUUUGCAACCGCUAGGUCAGGAACUGUUAAAGAAGUAUAUAAUUUAUGCCAAAGAUCGUAUUCAUCCGAAGUUAAAUCAAAUGGACCAGGACAAGGUUGCUGCAGCUUAUGCUGAUUUAAGACGCGAGUCUAUGGUCACGGGUAGCUUACCAAUUACGGUACGCCAUAUUGAAUCAGUGAUUCGUUUGUCUGAGGCACAUGCUCGUUUACAUCUCCGAGAAUUCGUUAAUGAGGAUGAUGUUAAUAUGGCCCUGCGUGUCAUGUUGGAAUCAUUUGUUUCCACUCAGAAGUUCAGUGUCAUGAAGUCUAUGCGUCAGGUGAGCAUUGCACGUUUGUUUCUUUUUUGUCUGUUACUUAAAUUAUUGGCACAAGUUAGCUACUUCAAUUGCCUUAGUGAAAACACUCCAUGUAUAAUGAUGACCCAUCAUAUUUCAAAUGAGCUCAUUUUUCAUUUUGUAUACUCAGAUGAUUUCAUUCUACUUUUAGUGAACAGCACUUGUUCGUGCAUGUGAUAAAUUGCCAUUUUUGUCAGUCUUUUAUCUAUACCUCGAAACACCGUGUCUCUAUUAUUAAAAUAGUCACUGUGCAUACGACUUCAUAAGCUUUAUUCAUUGAAUCCUGCUAAUUCUUGUUGUAACAACGACAUUUUCGCGAUUCCUCAGUUACCGUCGUGAUAAUCAAGAGUUGCUGUUAUUCUUGCUGAAGCAGAUGGUCCAAGAUAGACUAGCUUUUGAGCGCAUUCGACAUGCAGGAAAUCAAGAGUGGCGUAUCGAGGUUACCGAAAGAGAGUUUGCCGAACGUGCGAAGCAGAUUAAUAUAACCUCUGUUCGUCCAUUCCUACAGAGCGAUCUUUUCAAAGCACAUCAUUUUGUUUAUGAUGCCAGUCGAAAAGUUAUUGUGCACACAGUUUAAAUGUAGGACAUUAGGUGAACACGAACCAUAGAUCCUCGUAUUAAACAACGAAACUAUUUUUCAUACUUAUAUAUCCUAUAUGUUUUCUUGUUUUUACAAACAUAUUGCAUUUUCAUCGAUCUAUGCAAUCUUAUUUAUUUUGACAAUCUAGUGUUCCACUACAUCUAAUAAUUGUUGGUAAAUUCAUAGAUUUAUAAAAAUAUACAAGUUAUUAUUUUAUACAGUUCAUAUGCUUUGUG